CGCCUCCCCGCCCGCAGCCGGGCCCAGGCAGCGCCUGUUUUGCUUCCGCCCGGCGCUGGGUUCAAAACGCCUCCCAGGAGAUUGCACGGGCUUCGGUCUGUGUUAAAGGACCAAAUCUGCCGAAAGUUAAGGAAGUCAGCUUUUAAUCUACUGCUUCAGCAGUUCCGUGGCAUUUUAAUGUGUUAUCUGGAGUUUAAUUGUUAUUAUACUUAAAAAAACCUAAAAGGCAACCUUCAAGUCUGUGUUAAGUAUUUGGAAAAAACAAUACAGAAUUGUUUUGAAACGCAUUAGAAGAUUGGCCAGGUACCAGAAGAACGUGCUGUGACUGCAGUGAGACACACCAGGAAGGUCAGCCAGGAGGCUGCUUCUCUUUUGGCAGCAGCUUUGUGUCUGGUGAAGAAUCUUGGGCUGUGAAGCAAGAACUGAGCUCAGUCCUCCAACUCUCUGAAGGCAUCGUACGAGGAGUGGCUGCUGACGUACGGCUUGAGCGUCUCUCCCUUCCACCUGCGGUGGCAAACAGCUCUCUUCAACCGCCAGUUCUACAACUGGGGGAGAUGGAGACCCAGAUUUCUCUACUUAUGGUUCAGCGUAGGAAUGGUGUUUGGAAUAGUUGCCAUGUUUGGCUCUGUUAUUCUGCUGGGAAAGACCCUGCUGCAAACACUGACCCAGAUGCUCACUGAGGCUCCGAAAGCCCAGAAUGAUCGAAUGCUGCAAGUUGUGGUGCCUGGUGUCAAUUUGCCCGUCAGCCAGCUGACUUAUUUCUUCUCUGCAAUCCUCAUCAGCGGUGUGAUACAUGAAGUCGGCCAUGGGGUGGCAGCUAUUCGAGAACAAGUACGAUUCAAUGGAUUUGGGAUUUUUAUAUUCAUUGUCUAUCCUGGAGCAUUUGUUGACCUCUUCACAACUCACUUGCAGCUGAUAUCUCCUGUCCAGCAGUUAAGGAUAUUUUGUGCAGGGGUAUGGCAUAAUUUUGUUCUUGCUGUUGCAAGUUUCAUGGUUUUGUUUCUGCUGCCGGCCAUUCUUUUCCCUUUCUAUUACACGGGUGUUGGGGCACUUGUCACUGAGGUCGCAGAGGAUUCACCUGCCAAUGGACCGAGAGGUCUUUUUGUGGGAGACCUUGUCACUAACCUACAAGAUUGCCCAGUUUAUAAUGUGGAAGACUGGAAUUCCUGUCUGGGAGACAUUUCAGAGAAGUCACAGGUCGGCUACUGUGUAAGUGCAGCCACCCUACAGCAAUUAAGCUUUCCAGCUAGAGUCUACAGAAGACUUGAUGGCACAGUUGAAUGUUGUAGUAACAACAGCCUCACAGACAUUUGCUUUUCAUACAGCAAUAAGUUGGACAGCCAUCUGUAUGCCUGUCUGCCAGCACGAAAAGUUAUUGAAGCCAGCAAGGUUUGUCGAACCAACGUGGACUGCCAUAAGGACUUUGUUCCAAGCUUUUGUGUAACUCCUUCUUUGGAGAACCAAACAAGGCUAAUCAGGGUAAAGCAUCCACCCCAUAUUGACAUGCUAUAUGUAGGACACCCCAUGCAUCUUCAGUAUACAGUAAGUCUCAGCAGUUUUGUACCACGACAAAACUUUCUAAGUAUCGACAUGCCUGUGGUGAUAGAGACGUUUUGCAAGUACCUCAUCUCACUAUCAGGAGCACUGGCAGUUAUCAAUGCUGUACCCUGCUUUGCUUUGGAUGGUCAGUGGAUAUUAAAUUCCUUCCUGGAAGCCACGUUGAGCUCCCUAAUUGUAGAAAAACAAAACAGAGAGCUUGUUGGCUUUUUAAUUUUGCUUGCUGGAAGUGCACUUUUGGCUGCCAAUGUUGCACUGGGACUUUGGAUGGUGACAGCACGAUAGGACAUUGGAUAUUCUUCCAUCAGUUCUCAAAGUACACAGAAAUAAUGAAUCCAUUGCCUUUUAAAAUUUGUCCAGUACUGAGAUUGAAAUAAUUCCCUUAAAAUGACACUGAAAGAACAAUCAACUGGUGAUUGCUGUUUUAAUUUAAAACUUUACAACACCAUGCCUGUGGUCAUGGGAAAUCUAAUAGGAAAAAGUAGGAGCCUUUUUAUUUACUCUUUAAGCACUGUAUUAAUUUUGGAGAAAUUGCAUUUUAAGAUUUCAUAGGAAAAAAUCAGACUUCAUUAAUUCACAUCUUGAAAUAAGGGAAUUAUUUUGCCUCAAAUUUUUGUAAAGUGGGAGGAAAAAACAGUUUUAUUUUAUAAUUUUAAUAAUUAAUUAAUAAUUAAAUUUAAUUUUAUUUUAUAAUUGUCAGAAGAUCUGUGUGGGCUCUGAUCAUUUCUCAAUCAGCAUAGUCUUCAGUGACUUGUUUUGGCUUUUCUAGCCUGGUAUUCCACCAAACUGGAUUCUAAGAAGCGCUAAAGUGUGGUCUCAAAAUGGGGAAAAGCUAGGUAAAUGCAUACCAUGUGUUAAUGGGGGAGAGCAGCCAUAUGGGUUAGUGGCUUUCCUUUUCACCUGGCCAAAAUGACUGGAGGAACGUCGUCCUCAGGAUGUAGAUGAGAAGUGCCAAUGUCUGCUAAAAAUGAAGCAUGUGGGAGGAUAACAAAGCCCACAUUUGUGUUGCUUACACUUUCAGUUGUAUAUUAUCAUACGCAGCUGAAGUUUUUUUAAAGGCAAUAUUUGUCAGCAAUAGCUACAAGAUAACUGAAAUUUAGUUUCUGAGUGCUGAAGUAUGUUGUGCAUAGUUUUCCUAAGUGAUAUGUAAUGUUUGUGGUGUUUUACUCAGAAAAUAAUACUGUAUUCUACCUGUUCACAGUUGAAAGUGAAACCUAUUGUUUUUAUGGUGUCUAUCCUCCAAUGCUAUGCAUGUAAUAUGUACAGUAACUCACUGAUGAUUUUCUGUAUUUCAAAGGGUUGUUUUCCUUUGCUAGGAUUCAUUCUGUUCAAAGAUAGCUAACAAAGAUAUUUAGCUGAAGCUGGUCUUACAUAUGAACUAUUUAGAGGAAGAGUAUGAUUGUGAUUUGAACUAUUUAAAUAUUUGGCUUUGCUUUCUGAGAUGAAUACAGACCAUAUCUUUGUUCUUAAAUGAACAGUGGAAGAACAGUCAGUAUUUUACUGACUGAAGUAUGUCUGACAUGCUUUGAAGCCCUUUAAGUCUGUAGUAUUUUGUACCCAGUAGGAUUAUAUAUUGAAUGUCUUGUCCUCCUGUGAUAUAUUGCCUAGUUUAUAUAUAACAGGUUCAAUCAGAGCCUUGCCUCAAUAUAGGCUGAUAUUUGAACAAAAACGUUUUAGUUCGGGAGCCUCAAUAUUUGAAAUAGGAAACUUUAGAAAAUACCCUGCAACUUCUGCCUCAUACAGUGCUCCCCACAGGAGCUGCUGCAGCUCAGAGUUCCUUUACAGAAACAGCCUUUCCGUCAGGAGCUAAAGUGGAACCUAAGCUCAUGGAUCCUGGCUUGCAGGGAGUACUGAAACAUCCAUGACCAGGUAAAAUAGAUUCUUUUGGCACCUGAGGUGAAAGCCUGGGUAAUUUCAAAGUGGGGCUGAGCCCAGUUCCUGGUGCUACUGCACAGAUUCAUAACUGAUGUUUGCAUUUGCCCACUGAUGUGUACUUUUGCACAGUAGUUUUCACACUUAAGAUGGACUCCUUUCUUAAGAUGAUGCAAGCAGUAAUGAGAGACCAUGUUUGUUUAUUUGUUGUUGGCUGGUUUACAUCCCUUUCCAGUGCUGCCACAGGCUGGGUGGGCCCUUGAAGUUCACCUCUCUGGGGUGGCUGGCCUGUGCCUCUCCUUUUCAGUCAUUUCAACCCAGGCAAAUUGGGAUGGGUCCUGGUAGGAGAGAGUAAAUCCUCCAAUCUAGUGUGAGCUCGUCCCUCUGGGGACCAUUAAAAGUAACACAAAGUGCAAGAAAGAAAAAACAAACUACACGCUGUAAGUCUAACUUGUCAUCACUCCUGGAAACAUACAGAGGUUUCAGAGUAGCCGUUCUGAUGGGCCACUCUGCCAUCCCUCUGUGGACAGGAGGGCAGGAGCAGCCUGGUCCUUGCCCAAGGCCUGGCUCUAAGGCUCUCUUCCAGACUGCUCUCUCGCCUCAGUGGCUGUUUACUCAUCUGAGCUCUUCCUUUCAAUGGCUCUGUGACACUUUCCUCUGUCUCAUCCAAUCUACAUUCCAAAAAAUUAAUUUGCACUUGGAAGUUUAAUGUAAUUUAGUAAGGCAGGAUAUUUACUUUCAAAACAUGUCAAGUCUGAUAUUUAUUUAUUCAUGUUGACUACAAUGGCUUGGAACAAUCCUUCAGCAUAGUGCCACUCAUGGAGAUGUAGGCAACAGAUUUAGAAGAACCCAAAGCUUCUGAAUUGGCAUGCACAAAUUUCAUCUUCUACAAUGAGGCUGGCAGGCUGUUCCUGGUUAUUUAUUGUGCUACCAAAACAUGCAGCUUUAUCAAAUGAAGCUAAAGCCAGUUUACUUUACACAGUCACUGAAGGCCACAGUUUUACCAAGCAGAACUUCAGUCUGUGUCUGACCUCAUAAGCAAGAAGAGGGUGGAUAAGACAUCGGUCAUGGCUUUAGCAAAACAGACAAACUAGUGCACUGUGAAGACCCUAGAUCUCUUGUAUGGAAGAGAGAGUACUAGAAGUGCUUAAAAGUAAUUCAUGAGUCCAUUUCUCCAUACGCUAAAAUUCUACUGAGUAAGGGUUGAUUUAGGUAUGUACAAGAAUCAAGACUUUAAGCAAACUGGGUAUGAAUGGUGACCCAGCACAUCUUAGAUUAAUGUGGACAAAGGUAAUAGGUAGGUUGGACCACUCUCUGAAGAAGAAGUUGUUCAGUGGAUCCAUUUCAUUCUCCAUAAUCCUAACAUAUGGAUUACAUUCUGAUAAGCAUGGGCCAUACAUACACUUACUGGGAGGAUUUUUCCUGGGGUUUUGGUCAUUUAUUUAGCAAGAGAAAACACAAAAGUACAGGGUAAUUUUUGUGUGUUGGAUUUUUACUGGAGUAUUUGUGAUGUGUCUUUUGUUUUUGUAAAAAUAGAAAGGAAGUAAUUCCUUAAAAUUAAAUCCUUCUACAUUUUAGUCUAAUUAGCCCCUCAGAAUCUUUAAUACAGGGUCCAUCAAUAUAAUUAUAGGGCGUAUUGACUGGACUAUAAAACACAGCACUCUUAAAGAUUGGAUGGCUGCUACUAUUUAUGUAUAUACUAUGCAUUUUAAAUCUGUAUCAGAUGGAAAAAGUAAUGUCUAAUAUUCAGAAAUGUUAUACUUAGCUUUUCUUUGAAAAUUUCCAGAAGAAUUCCAUAAUUAUAAUCAUUGUUCUAACUUGUUUUUUAUUAAAUUUUUUAUAUCAGCAAAUAUUUACAUAGCAUGUUCUGAUAAUGCAUGAUACGACAUGGAAAUGGCAAACUCCUUAGCAUGGGGGAUGUUACAUGCUCUUUGCUAACUUAGGAAAUUAAAACCAGCUUGCUUCUGUACAAGUUAAAUGAAAGAGGCUUCACUAGAAAAAGUGUAGACAAAUUUGCAGAUUAGUCAUCCCAAAUUAUGAGCCACAGUGGAAAAUUUGUUAACUCAUCCUUUUUAUUUAGAAGGAAACAACCAACGAUAUUGAUACUGAUUCUUUCAGUGAUAAUUCUGCAUUUGUGGAUGUGUGUGUAUACAUACAUUUGUAUAACAAAUACAUACAUAGCCAUAGGAUGUAUUAGUGCUUUUUUAGGGAUAACUUAGAGCAGUCCUCCAUAUUCUGCAAUGUAGGCUUUUGUUUUUCCUUCUCUCUGUGAAUUCUCUCUAUGGUUUUCUCUGGAUUUGAAAACAGAAACUUAUGUUUUUCCCCCAUAAGUAAUUCUUAACUUCUUUAUUAACAGAAGACAAGUGAUGGGGACAUAAUGUAACCACAGCUGCAUGAGUUUUGUUCAGCUGAUGUUUAAAAUAUGGUUCUUACUUUCUGUGAAGCCUCAGCUACAAGCAUGGUAAACACAGUUUUUUCAGGGCCACUAAAAGAGAUCAGCCUUGGAAUGCAUCACCCUCCUAUUGCUGCUGUUUGUGCUGUUCUGAAUAACUGGGAUGAACAAGACUGUGUAGACCAUACUGAAGAAACAGUUUUCAGGACAGAACUCUCCAUGGUAGGCAGGGUGUUUCAGCUUUCUUUUAAUAAGGAUAUAUUUUGUUCCAUUUAGCACAAUCGCAGCGUCCCCAUAGCUUCCCAUACAUUUUACAUGAUGUCAAAGGGUGACCUGUAGGAAUAUUUUUAAAAUAAAUUAUGUAUGUCUUACUAAUUCAGAGAUCAAUACAGAUCUGGAUAUCACUAAUGACAGAUGAAGAAGGCUUAUAAAGUUUUGUAUAGCCUAGUCUCUAUUUAUAUAUAGAGCUAAACUCUAGAUAUAGGUACUUGUAAAAUAUGCAUUCUGUACACUUGCAUUCAGACCAAUUUCCACAACCAGUCUUUCCUCAGCUUUGUUCUUGCAAUCUUGUGAGUAAGGAACCUUGAAUCUUAACACAGGUAAGAUCCAAUAUUGGCAAAUAUUUUAUAUCUUCUUUAUCCUGAAUUUCAUGUAACGCUUUCUAUUGAUUAGUUAUUUAAUGUGGCUGAGUUACCUGGGGUACACACCCUGCAUCAAUGCAGCAUUUGGGAACAUCGCACUGAGGACUGCCAGAAAACAGCAGCUCUGUGACUUCUGGCUUGGGCUCAUCCACUCCAUCAUGUGAAGAGCAGAUGGCAGUGUUUAGGGGCAGUGAAGAACUUCAGCUUAUGGCAGCUUUAUGAAACUUUCACACUGCUGACCCGGUGUGAAAGGACAGGAACAAAGAGCAGGAUAUGACACUGCAAUUCCAUUCAUUCCAUUUACAUUGUCAUGAAACCUGAAAAGAAGUUGUAAUUAACAUUUCAGAGCAGGAAGAUGUGUUUUCCAGCCCUUCACUGAAUCAUUCAGUGAGUGGUGAUCAAACUUUUUUCUUAACACUUUUCAUUCCUUCAAUAUAUAUGUGCUGAAUAAGUAGCAUGGGUAGCUGUAGCUUAUUUUUUAAAAUGGAGUUGGAUAUUUCUCACCUCUAGAUGUUCAUCCUGGGAUGGUUUUUGGAGCAUCAUAGUAUAACUGAUCUUCAUUGAUACUUGGUUGAAAGUUUGGAGGCUAUUUCCAAGCCAUCACUAGAAAAAUCUAUUUCCAAGUUGUUUGUUGAUAUUUUAAAUUCAUCUUUUCCUUACAUAACAUUGCUUUUAGAUUUCAUAUACUUAGUUGAUCUUAUCUGAAGCCUGUCAAUAGAAUAUGUAUUGUUUAGAAAUUCACUGUAGGCUUUUUUUUUUCCUCUACAUGGCCUUAUUUUUCACACUGACUCACAGCUGUGGAAUGUUAGAUUUUUAGACCCUUUGUUCCCCCUAUGCAUUGUUCAUGAUCAUGGUUUUUUUUAAAAAAGGAAAAAAAAGAAAGCUUCAGUUUGAAAAUGUCGGCUAACAAAUAUAUGGAACACUGAAUAAUGUAUUGUAGUUUUGUUUUGCCUUUUUUCUCUAUUUAAUUAACGAAACAAUAAAUAUUGUUUUCUAUGUAUGAUAAAUGUAUCCUGCAAAUAAAUUCAUUCUCUGAUUGUU